AUGCAUUUACACUUUGAACGCAUUCAGAAGCCGUCGUCCUUUUCGGACUCUACCCUCUCGUCGCUGUCAUGGAUGGGUAAAGUGCCCGACGGUCUCCUCCAGACCACCGAAGAGGAGGGAUGGAAACUGAACCGAACCAACUAUUACCAGGACGGGUGGCUCGCGUGCGGCAACACCCGUGGCAUCGUUGGCGUCACGUUCACCACCAGCCGUAGCCGUAAGAAUAUAGUGGCCCAGGAUCUGCCCGCCCGUACCAAUUAUAACCUGCGCGGCCAUCGGUCCGAAGUGACCUUGGUCAAGUGGAACGAACCGUACCAGAAGUUGGCCUCGUGCGAUAGCACUGGCAUCAUAUUUGUGUGGAUCAAAUACGAGGGCCGGUGGUCUAUCGAACUGAUCAACGACCGCAACACUCAGGUGACCGACUUUUCGUGGUCACACGACGGCCGGAUGGCUCUCAUCUGCUAUAUGGACGGCUUCGUACUCGUCGGGUCGGUCAGUGGUCAGCGGUACUGGUCAUCAAUGCUCAAUCUGGACAGUUGUACCAUCAGUUGCGGCAUUUGGUCUCCCGAUGACCAGAAUGUCAUAUUCGGCACAUCGAGUGGCCAUAUAUUAGUGAUCGAUGUGCAUGGUACAAUGGUGGCACAGGUGUCCAUCCAGGAGGGUAUAGCCAUAACACACAUGUCGUGGUCGUGCGAGAAGUUCAAAAUGGAUGACUCCGAAGAAGACCAACAGAACCGCAACAAUAAUAACAACAACAAUAAGACAACGAGUGGUGAGACGACUAAUGGCAACACCACUACCACUACUACGGGUGGGACCGACGGGUCGUCCACCGCCGCGGCCGAGAAGUCCUAUUGUCUGGCCGUCACGUUCAUCGACGGCACUAUUUAUAUAAUGCAAAAUUAUGACGAUAUCUUCCCAAUCAUUAUCCGCACCGGACUCUUGUCCACAAAGAUCGAGUGGUCCAACAACGGCGAGAUACUGGCCAUCGCCGGCCAUCAGAUCCGCGACUCGCGUCCGCCGCCGCCCAACAAUCCCAGCGGAGACCGAGUCUUCACGUAUAGAAAUGUCGUCCAAUUCUACACAUAUAACGGUAUUCUGCGGCUGAAGACUGAGCUCGAGUGCACUCAAUACCCGAUUACAGCCAUCACUUGGGGUCAUUCGGACAAACGUCUGUUCACAGCCGCCGGCCCUGUCCUCUACAUCGCGUGGAUCACUAAACGGAUCCCAUCGUUGCAGUUGUUGUCCAAACUAUCCAUUUAUAACUGUCUGAAGAGCGAGCGCUCGACCGACGAGUUGCCGCUCCCUCAACGGCUCCAGUCAUGUGUCGCCAAUCUCUUCAACCCUACCCUUCAGUGCUAUUUACCAGAUCUGACACAUUUGCGUGACUUUGUCUCCAGUCCUCCCGACAACAACACACGACUUCACUGCACAAUGAUUAGACACGAAGACGACUACCUCACCAGUAGUACCACUUAUAUACUAUACCUCGAGUACUUGGGCGGACUCGUGCCCAUUCUGAAGGGCAAACGGGCCUCGAAAUUGAAACCCGAAUUCAUUAUAUUUGAUCCACAGUUUAGCGAAACAAACAAUACUAAAAAUAAUAGCAAAACGUAUGGCCAAAGCGGGGGUUCGGGUAUGGGUUCGACCACUUCUACCCCUUACGCCACGUCGUCGGACAGCGAGUGCGACGACCCGUUUGGCGGCGGAUCCGCUCGGUCUCCAUCUUUGCGCAGAAGGCGUCGCUUUCGCCGUCACUUCCGCUCCCGAGGAAGCAAUGAGUCGUCCAAUACGUCCCUCACGUCCAACAGUACCGGCGGUUCGACCAACAAAUACGCGGACGAAAUGCCAGAACAGGAAAAACUGGUUUUAGUCACUUCCAACAUAUGGGGCACCAAAUUCAAGGUAUUGGGACUGUCGGCGUGGCUGCCCUCCCAAUUGGGCUCAAUCACCUACCGGACCAGUCUUCUGCACCUACAGCCACGACAAAUGACUUUAUCCAUCAAAGAGUUGGGCGAAAAACGACUCGACACUAGUCUCACGUCUAUUAAUAAGUUUGAAACCAAUAAUAACUUCAUUUCCAGCGAUUCCGAGGACGAGACGGCCAUGUCUUACAUGAUGGGCGACGACGAGGGCGUCAGCGCACCCAUCGCUCCCAUGACACCCAAGAAGAACAUCCGGUGUCCAAACGGAACGCUAUUUGGCGGACAAAGUCGUACGAUAUCUCCCGAAAAGAGGCCCACCUAUCAGUUCCAGGGGUCCACCGCUGGCCAAUCGUCCUCUUCCGCCAAUACGUCCGACUGUUAUAACACAUGUGCCGAAGAGAUGUUGACUCUUCAGAUAAAUGGUGACAAUCAUUACGUCAGUAUGGAGUUGAGCGGUCCGUCGGCCCCACACCAGCCCUCGUCGGCCGUCAACAGCGCUGUCCAACCGUUGCAAACAAACGCCGCAUCCAUUUCCACACAGACCUCAUUCCAGUCGAUCACUGAUUUGUUGAACUCAUUGACAACACUGGAGAAGAAUACGCAAACAUUGUUCUCACCGCUCAUCGAAAAUAAGUCCAUCGAAGACGGCGUCCAGACGUCGACACCCGAAGAGACGGUCAAUCGAUUUGCCAAACGUUUCGCCGCCGAAUUGCCGGUCAGUUAUUACAACAUAAAUAGCGUCAAUAACGGCAGCAAACCGUGCGCUGAGCCGUCUGUGCACUCGUCGCCGGCACUCAUAAGCCUUAACAGUGAUAUCUAUUACUCACAUUUGGCCGCCACUACCGGCGCUGCUACGGACUCACCGCCGGCCGCAAACAUGUCUCCACCGAAAGGACUCCGAUAUAAGAUAACAAAGAAGGAGUCGCCGCGAAAGUCCAGUGUCUCGUGUAUAGAGUCAGACCUGACGGCCCAAAGCCGUAGCUGUGAUACGAGUGCCGCCAAAGCAUUUCUGUCGAGUCCUUUAGGUCAGCGCCGGUUUCCGACAAUGGGUUCUAGUUUUGUAACGUCUUCGUCGUCGCCGGUAUCGGUCGGCGCCAACACUUGGGGCGGACUAUCGCUGCUUCACUGCAAUAGUAGCCUUACGGACACCCUUUCUAUCGAUUCCAAGUCAAUUAUCGCAAAUGACUUCCGAUAUAUUGACGAUUUUGACGCCGAAGAGAGUCCCGACGGCAGCGCACGUGUGGCCACUUCGGCGCAAGUGUUUCAAAAGACAACCACCCGUCCCAUAUGUCACAUACAGCCCACCACUGCUGUGGCCGGCAGUGAGUUCACUAAUGUCCGCGCCUGCGGUACGGCUGACAGCGGCACCGGUGGCCACCCAUUCGGCGCUCCGACCAGUCAUACACUUCAGCGACGGUUAACAUUGAAAGCAUCGAAACAAAGCCAUAGUUUCGAUGCGUCCACCGAUUCGUCCGACAAAUCCGUUUCAAACAAUUCGCGAUCUUUUGAGGAAAAGGAUGAACGCGUGUCCGAAGACGAUGAGGACACGGACUACUCCACCAAAGACUCAUUCAUUUCUACCAUAAUUACUGAUGGAAAGCAAAAUAAGUGUAAAAUUAAUACUCAAUUCAUUCAUAAUAACACUCAUAAUAAUCGUAAAACUUUUGAGAAUAAUAUCGUUAAUAAGAGCACAGAAUAUAGCAGUCAAUGGCAGCCAAAGACAUCAACUAUAAGCCAAUGCUCGUCCACCACUACUUCCGGCACAAUAUCAGACAAUCCGAGUCCAUCGGCGCCUAUACGUGAGCCCUCAUCAGAGUUUAAGGGCAACACUAAAAACAAUUCAUCCAAAUAUGUGAAUAAUAUAGACUUAAUAAGUAGUGAUAUGCAAACGGAAGGUGCGAUACACUCUAAUACGAGAGCACCGGAAGCUAAUAAACAUAGUUAUAAGAUAAGGACAAACACCACCACAACCACCGCCACCAUAGACUACACGCCAACCAAAUAUCAUAGUGCGCUCUCACGGCUUCAAAAGCACAGAGCGAGUCUACCCCAGGCUAUGAUAAUGGCCGGUACGAGCGCUGCCAACAGUGCCAGUGCUAUCCCAACCGAACCCACCAUCUCGUCCACCACCAGCACAAGUGCCAUAACCACAGCCGCGGCACUAAUCAACAGUAACCGAAGCCUUCCGGCGUCACCGCUGCUGUCGGGGCCGCAAAGUCGACGCCGCACUUCGCAGGGAAAGUCAUUCCUCUACAGCCCUAUGAUGUUAAGGAAAGUUAUGAAACAAAAGCUAAAUUACUUGGACUGCAGUUCAGAGUCGGAGAACACGAGCGAUGAGGAAGAGUUGGACACGUCUUCGGAGUACAAGAAUUUGGAGACUUUCCAGAAGAGACACUUCCGGAGGAAAUUCCAAGUGAAGCGACGCAACAGUCGCGUCAAACCCAACGAAUCGCAGCCACAGUCGCCUCACAACGAGACGCCGCCCGUCUCUUACCGCGAGUUUGUGCUCCACAAUAAGGCCCCGCUUUGGAACGAAGUGAGCCAAGUAUAUCAACUCGACUUCGGCGGGAGAGUCACUCAGGAGUCCGCCAAGAAUUUCCAGAUUGAACACCAGGGCAAACAGGUCAGC